CCAGCACCGAUAUCGCCGUGCGACUUUGACUCUGAAACUUGUCGUCUUCAUUCAUAACCAGUCAAUAUAUUCUAAUCAAUCUUAGUAAUACAAUAACUUGGCUGUUUCUUUUGUCAGAUAGAAAAUGUUCACGGCAAGGCUAGCUUCCCUAAGUUGCCUCGUCUGUGUUCUUUUCUUCACUGAAAUAUCUGUACUGGCUCAGAAAGAGGGAGACAUUCGCCUUGUUGGUUCGAAGGAUAAAUGGCAAGGUCGUGUGGAAAUUUUCCAUAAUAAGACUUGGGGGACAAUUUGCGACGAUUACUGGGACAUCAAUUACGCUAAUGUUGUAUGUAAACAGCUUGGUUGGGGAGCAGCACUAGAGGUCUACAUGGCAGCAGACUUUGGAAAGGGAACAGGCCCUAUACAUCUUGAUCGCUUGCGAUGCUAUGGCAAUGAGAGCAAAAUAUUGGAAUGUAACACCAAAGGGUGGAAUCAUAAUUACUGCACACAUGAUGAAGAUGUUGGUGUUGCUUGUAUGCAUCCAAGCAAAAUCCCACCGGGUGGCUGCUCGUUUGAUCUUGAUUGGUGUGGAUAUACUAAUUUGAAAGACGAUGAUUUUGAUUGGAGGAGACAAUCCGGGAAAACGGCGUCUUACAACACGGGCCCAGCACACGACCAUACUACUGGAAAUGGGAGUUACAUCUACAUUGAGACCUCUUAUCCUCGUGUCCAAGGCGAAAUGGCUCGAGUUGCUACUCCCCCUUUUACGGGUGCAAAAUGUAUCGAGUUUUACUAUAUAAUGAAAGGCAAAACAGUCAACGAGCUGAGCGUUUAUAUCGAUGAUGGAUUACGAAGAGAAAUAGUUUGGCAGAAAAGAAGCGAAAACCGAACAUGGACUCAGGCCCAUGUCCCUGUCGCUGACAAGUAUACAGGGUCAAUCCAGGUAGUCUUCGAGGGACUUGUCGGUGUUAGUUACACAGGGGAUAUUGCCAUAGAUGACGUCACACCACAAAAGACCAAGUGUACCUUGGCACCUAAAGACGCUAAACCUGAACCCAUUGACCUAUCUAAUAUUACAUCAACUGUUCGUCUUGUCAACGGCAACGUGUCAUCUGCGGGACGAAUCGAGGUCCUCCAUAAGGGCAGAUGGGGAACUGUCUGUGGUACACACUUUCAUCUUCCUGCUGCUAAAGUAGUUUGCAGACAGUUAGGUUACUUGGACGUUGAGACGCUUGUUCCUUGUUGUUUAUUUGGUUCUGGCAAAGGAAUGAUUUGGUUGGAUAAUCUACACUGUGAGGGACGGGAGCCAGCGCUAACAAUGUGCCCUCAUAAAGGAUGGGGUAAGACAGCUUGCCAACACAGCCGUGACGUUGGAGUCAUAUGCAAGACAAACAAGACACUCCGAGACAUACGACUUGCUGCAACAGAUAAUGACUUUGAGGGUCGUGUAGAAGUCAAAAUUGGAGGGAUAUGGGGUACUAUCAUGGACUAUGGCUGGGAUAUCUACGAUGCGACGGUCUUCUGCCGUCAGCUAGGUUUUGGAGGCGCAACGUCUGCGUACAGCUCGGCUCAYUAUGGCCAAGGAAAAGGCCCAAUAUGGUUCUCGCAGGUGAAAUGCCUAGGAAAUGAAACUGAACUCUGGAAGUGUAACAUGACGCAACACCAAAUACAGUGGAAACCGCAUUGGUGGUGGCACUGGAACUUACAUAAGAACGACGCAAGCGCAGAAUGUUAUGACAUUCGUUUGGCUGGAGGUAAAACGUCCAUGGAAGGAAGAAUAGAAAUCCGUAGCCUUGGAGUCUGGGGAACUGUCUGUAAUAUUGAAUGGGAGAUAAACGCCGCUAAAGUAGCUUGUAGAAACCUGGGCUUCAGCAAUGUCGUUUCAACCAAAGUCAACUACACUUUAAAGCUGAAGAAGCCCUCUACUAGUAUCAAUCCCAUCGUGGCAGGUUUUAGAUGCAAAGGCGAUGAGGCUGUACUUGGCUUGUGUAACUAUUACCCCUUAAAUGCUGGAAACCAYAAAUGUACACAUGACAAUGACGUCACGAUUGUCUGUAGCGGACCUGUCGUCAAACCUACUAACACGCCAGGAACCAACAAUUGUAAUCAAUGUCCAGGCACUUGCUACAAGACUAUCAAACAUGGCGGCUUCUGUAUAUGUAGACUUGGACUUAGUAUUUCAGACGUACAAAGCAAAUUGUGUGAUGCAACAGAAGGUAAUGAAGUCUCAGAAGCAAGAUUUCCAAAGCUAUCCUGGUCCAAGUGGAACCCAGAUGACUUCAAAUCAAAUUUGGUAAUUCAGCUUAAUAAAUACUGUACAUCGUCGAUAACGUGCCCGAACAUUGUAAAUGGAAGCAAAUUUGAAUAUGAAGACAUUGUGAUUCUUGACGGAUGGCCUACGAAAUUCCAAGAUGAUAUGAAUCUUAAAUUUAUCGUACUCCUUCCAGUCAUGAACAGUCAUGGUGUUGUUUCUCGUARCGACAUCGCUACAAUGGCGUCAAAACAGGGCAACAAACUUGGAGGAUACAAUGUCGUGAUGACAAGAAAACCAAUCAAUCCGCCACCAGCAAAAGCUCGUAAAAGCACUAACGAUACAGUGAAAGUCGUGGUGCCUAUUGUUGUCGUCCUUGUGAUUGUUGGUCUGGCAGUCGUUGUCUACAUCAUAUACAAGAAAAGGUCUGCGUUUGGUAGCGCAGGUGGUCAUAGUUCAUCAGCUCCAAGAUAUUUACAUUUACCACAAGAUAAUCAUCAUGAUCAAGAUGACCCUCUUUUGACAAUGGAAGAUGACGAUAUAACAACUGUUCACGCAUGAAAAUGUAUUAUGCAUCAAUGAUAACAUUCUUUACCUUGGAAUUACGAAGUUUUUCGAGUACGUCUUCAUUGCGUGAAAUAU